AUGGCGCCAGCGGGAACGGGAGGCCAUCGCACUUCUUCGACGAGGGCCGCCUCGUCUGACGAACACCAGCUCCAGACGACCAACGACACGGUCAACCGCUUCCUGGGCGGCCGCCAGCGCUCGUGGAUGACAACUGCGAAGCCGGUCAAGCCCACCCCUCGCCCACCGAACCGACCACCGAGAGAAUCCCUGCCAGAACCGCAAGCCUUCAGGCCCAACGGUCAACGACCUCCUCAGCAGCAGCACUCAGCCUUGUCAACACAUCUACUGUGGCCUCAAUUGCCCGCCCCAUCGGAUCUGCUCUCUGUCGGAGCGCCGUCAGCCUCAGCACCUUCGGCAUCGGCUGUGCUGCCCUCUCCAGCCCCCAGCGACGAACCGAGCCCGGCAGCCUACAACCCGAGUGCAGGCGUGGGCCCAAACGAUUUUAGCAGGAAUAAUCGGCCUGCGCCCGGGGCGACAACGACCGCGGCAGCGGCAGCAACAUAUGCUCCAGUCACUGAAGCGCAUUUCUUACCAGUAGACGGAGCAGGGGCGACUUAUACGGACGCACACUAUACAGACGGAGACUACACCGAGCCUGCAGCUCGGGCUCCGGCACCGAGGGAUACGGCAGUAGCGGAUGGAACAGUAAAUCCCCCGGAGGCUGAUGCUGGCAGUCGCAUAUCGAGCGCAUUCUCACCAGCAUCACCAGCAUCUUUUGCGCCGCAUGGUCCUCCGCAUCCGAACGCCCCCUCUCCCAUUCCCAUGACGGCAGCUCUGCCGCAGGCGCCACACGUGGAUCCGGAACCGCCUGCAAAGCGGCGUCGCGUCGGACGGAACAUGAGUGCAGCUUUUUUGCAGCAUCUCCAUGCUGCAGAGGUCAUCGAUAAUCAUGUUAGAACACAGGGAGGCGAGGACGCCUUGGAGAUCAGUGUGGAAAGGCCUCGGUAUCAGCUGCUUCGCGAUGCAUGUUUUGCUGGGGACCUCUUCUUCGUCGCUCUACACCAGGUCUUCUGCGCGUGGUCUAGCAGCAACAGAAUAGUUCAUAACCUUUGUGUAGAAGGGUUUCAUGACACAAACCUCAUAGACAAUGCUUUUGGACUGAUGGGCACAAUCCUGAAGAGCAACAACAAACUGCGGUCUCAGCAUGCUGCUUUUUUCAUUAAUUUCCCUGGGCCGCUGGAUGAAAUACUCCAAGAACACGACGUCUAUGCCAGCACUAUCCACCAGGUCCUCAACUUCCUAGUGAGGCUGUCGCAGCACUGGAUGGUGGCGAGUCACGAACACAGGAGGCUUGGGUAUCCCCUGCUUAUGGACGAACUGUUGAGCACAUUUGGGCUCCUCUCCAAGAUACUUCAGUCCAUCGUAUUUAGAGCGUCGCGUAGGGCCUUGGGGGUUAUGGACGGCAUGGUUGGCGCUGAGAUGGACGAACUCUUCAGGCAGGAUCAAAUGACACACCUGGACGGGAAUGGUAACUUCGUUCCAAGAAUGACCCAAGAUUUUCAUAAGGACCCUACCAACCGGCUUUUGAUAUCGCGUUUCCAGACGCUCAUCGCUCAGACAAGAACAGCAAGCCAGGCCACACUCGCCUCCCAACAGCAGCCGCAGCAAACCCCCCAGCAACAGUAUCAAACUCAGCAGCAGCAAUAUCAACAAACUAUUCAGCACCAACAUCAACAAGCCCCUCACCAGCAAUAUCAGCAAGUCCACCAGCAACAGCACAGGCAACAACCCCGUCCUAACGUGCGCCAGGUGGGUUCACAGGGGGUUUCCGCGCCGCCUUCACACCAAUCCUCACCCACCACGACCUACCCGGGAUCUGUGCCUACGCUUCCCAGCACAGGACAGGAAACCCACUCUCCUGUAAAUCCGUACUCUCCUGUAGUUUCCAAUGGGAAUACGUUCACAACUGGCGGCAGCUUUGUACCUGCUCAAUACCAGCAUCCCUCGACGCAUGUGCCAACAACAACUUCGGGCCAUGCAAGCUCGCCUACACAUCCAUAUCUCCCGAGCAACUCGCCAAUUCAAUCGCCAAACGCAAGCCAAGGCCAGCCCAAUCAAAUGCGAGUAACCAACACUCCUAACGGCGGCCAGUUCGUACAAUCUCCCGUGAAUGCUCCAGGUUAUAUGCAGCACCUGGGUCGACGCGCGUCCCAACAGUUUGUUUCAGUCCCUAGCACACGUUCACCACAAAUGCAAACCUUCAACAGUGUUCCAACCCAACGGCACGGGUCGGGUUCUCCAGCUCAGAAUUCUCAGAAUCUUCUGAAUACAGCAAACCAGGUGCCGCAGACACGAACACCAGGCCAAGCUUCUCCUGUCCUGCCAGCUGAGAUGGCCUUCCAAGCGCCGCCUCAAGCUCAGCCGGGUCGCAAUCCGAUAUCGAACUCCCUGACCACUGCUCAGAGCCCAGCCAAUGGCAUGUCGAUGUUCGGGACUCCUCUCUCGGCUAACAUCGCAAAUGGACAGGCUUCAGCCGGACAGCAGAUGCGAAACCAACAGAGGUUAGCUAAUCAGCAGCUCUUGUAUCAAAUGAGUCAAAUGCGACAGGGCAUACGGCAGCCUCCUAUCAAUCGUCAAGCUCACCAAAGUAGCACUAAUGGCAGCUCCAUGGCAAAUUUGAUACGGGCUGACAACCGAAUUGCGCAGUCACAGUAUCCCGGUGACGCUUAUGACAGGAAGUCUCUUGAGAUGUCUCUUCACCAAGCACACUUACGAAGUCCAAGGAGGCUGCCGAGAAAACUUAAUGAGCCGACGGAGAGAUACUACCAGGCUGUGAAACGCCUUGCGCUACCAGCCACUCCGAUCCCUCAACAACAGCGCCUUUACUCUUUGCAAUUCUACAUUCCUGAUACGGAGCACAUGAGUAUUUCGCGCAACAAGCAGGUGCAAGGAGACUCUCUGCCAAUCAACUUUUUCUGGGAUGGGUCAAUCCGUAUGCGAUUACGGACUUGUCUCAUGAGGAGCAGUACUACGGAUGUCCCGGAGAACGAGUGGGUACUCAGUGAAACUAGCUGGCCGGAGCAUAUCUAUAUGCAGCUCAACACAAACGUCCUGACCGUCAAGCGAAAACAGCAUCAUGCUAAGGACCAGCCAAUUGAGAUAGGUUCUUUCAUUCGACGAGGCAUCAAUGAGCUCAAGAUCUCCGUUCCUGUUCCUAAAGACCCCGCCCUGAGGGCUGUAGAAAAGAACAAGACGCCAUUCAUAGCUGUUGAGGUUAUCGAGACCUUGAGCCAAAGCUCGAUUUACGCACUUUCUAACCUUGGGACGGCCUCGAUGGUACCCACGGAGGAAACACGAGCCAAGAUUCAGAAACGCCUUGGCGGAUCUUCGGACCCGGGCGACGACGAGAUCGCAAUGGUUGUAAGCGAUCUCAGCAUCAACCUGGCUGACCCCUUUAGCUACACUCUCUGGGCAAUUCCGGUCCGGGGUAAAGACUGCACGCAUUUGGAGUGCUUUGACCUCGAAACAUGGCUCGAAACCCGCCCGAGAAAGAAAUCUUGUAUCUGUGGAGCGAAGAAGUCUUCAGACUGCAGCCGAUGCCCGAAAGAGCCGUCGAUGAUCGAUAAGUGGAAGUGUCCCCUAUGUCAGGCCGACGCUCGUCCCUAUAGCUUGCGUAUCGAUGGUUAUCUUUCAGAGGUCAGGGAGCAGUUAUUGGCGAGGAACCUGCAGAAGGUCAAAGAGAUCAAAGUCUCAGCCGAUGGAUCCUGGCAGCCGGUCAUUCCUGACGACGAUAGUGACUUUGACAGUGACGAUGAUACCAGACCCAACGGGACAGCAGCCAAGAGACCUGGUCAUCAGCUCACUCACCAGAGCUCCGCAGUUGAGGUUAUCUAUCUCGACGAUGACUGA